AUGCAGGCAUACGUGACUCAAGACGACACUCUACUGACUACAUUAACAGUCAGGGAAGCUGCAUAUUACUCAGCACAACUCCAACUGCCUGACUCCAUGUCCAAAGUAGAAAAGAAGGAAAGAGCAGAGAUGACAAUAAGGGAGAUGGGCUUGCAAGACUCCAUGGACACAAGGAUUGGCGGUUGGAGCGUAAAAGGCCUCAGUGGUGGACAGAAAAGAAGAGUUAGCAUUUGCAUUGAAAUCUUGACUCGCCCCAAGCUUCUCUUCCUUGAUGAGCCUACAAGUGGGCUAGACAGUGCAGCAUCUUACCAUGUCAUGAACCGCAUUGUUAAGCUAGCGCACCUAGAUGGAAGGACCGUCAUUGCAUCAAUUCAUCAACCUAGCAGUGAAGUCUUUGAGCUUUUCCAAAACCUUUGCCUUCUCUCCUCUGGUAGAACAGUCUACUUUGGCCCUGCUUCAAUGGCAGAACAGUUUUUUGCUUCAAAUGGCUUCCCUUGCCCUACUCUGAGAAACCCAGCAGAUCACUACCUUAGAACCAUUAACAAGGAUUUUGAUAUUGAUAUCGAACAAGGGUUUGAUGGCAAAACAAGCACUGAGGAAGCAAUUAAUAUUCUCAUACAAUCAUACAAGUCUUCAAAUAAUUUCCAGCAAGUUCAGAAACAAGUAGCUGAGAUUUGCCAACAGAAAGGUGGGGCUCUAGAGAAGGGAAGCCAGGCCAACUUCAUAACCCAAUGCAUGGUUCUGACAAGGAGAUCUUUCGUGAACAUGUAUCGUGAUCUAGGCUACUACUGGCUUCGCCUUGCAAUUUACAUUGCCUUGUGCUUAUGCAUAGGGACGAUCUUUUAUGACAUUGGCUCCACUUUUGGCUCAAUACAGGCUAGAGGUGCAAUGCUCAUGUUUGUUGCAGCAUUCUUGACUUUCAUGGCAAUAGGUGGCUUCCCUUCUUUUGUAGAAGACAUGAAGAUCUUCGGGCGCGAAAGAUUAAACGGGCACUAUGGUGUUUCGGCAUUUGUUGUUGGAAACACAUUCUCCUCCAUCCCAUAUUUGCUGAUCAUCUCUUUAAUUCCUGGAGCAAUAGCCUACUACAUGGUUGGCCUUCAAAAGAGCUUUGAGCACUUUGCCUAUUUUGCACUGCUGCUCUUUGUGACCAUGAUGUUGGUUGAGAGCCUAAUGAUGAUUGUGGCAAGCAUUGUGCCAGAUUUUCUCAUGGGAAUUAUUACUGGUGCCGGAAUUCAAGGAGUGAUGAUGUUGAAUGGAGGUUUCUUCCGAUUGCCGAACGAUCUUCCUAAGCCUUUCUGGCGAUACCCAAUGUACUACAUUGCAUUCCACAAGUAUGCAAAUGAAGGAUUCUAUAAAAAUGAGUUUGAAGGACUAAUAUUUCCUAAUGAGCAAGCAACAAGGCCAUCCACGAUUACUGGCGAAGAAAUAUUGCGAAGUAUUUGGCAAGUGCAGAUGGGCUAUUCCAAGUGGGUUGAUCUUGCCAUUUUGUUUGGGAUGGUAAUUGUUUAUAGGCUCAUGUUUCUGGGAAUCAUAAAGACCACCGAAAAUUUUGUACCAAUUAUCAAAGCUCUCUUAGUUGGUACUCCCAAGCACUCUUCUUAA